CCCUGUCCUGCAUCAAGAGCUUGACCCACUCCUCCAGUGGUUGGCUGCAGAGGCGAAAUAUCACCAUUGCUGAGCCGUCCGUCGCCGUGGGAUCACUGCCACGGGUUUCCCUUUUGAACUGCCGUCGGGGCAGAGGACGCAUGGCAAGCAGACUAGAUUCCUCCCGUCACGGUUCUCCCGCCGUCGCGAGCGGCGUUACGCUGAUGAAUGUGCAAGGUCUUCGAAGCUCGCCCUUCCUUGCAGAUAAUUUCGUGGCUGGAGGGCGCUUAAUUUGCAGGCGAGGUUGCAGCAACAUGGACGGCUGGAGCGCCGACCGAGCACCGAAGCCGUGUCAGGCCUGCCAGCCUGUCAGCGUCGGACCCUUUUUUUCCGGGUCGCCUUGCCUAACACGGCGGCUUCCUUGGGCCGGGUGUCAGGCGAGACAAGGAGCCGCGCGGAGGGCGAUUUGUUGCGCCACUUUAUCGGCGCCGCUGCUGGGGGCAAGUUUCAGCCACUGCAUCGAGGGGCGGGUCGCGGGUUUCCCUGGCCUGGUGCUGGCCGCCCGCUCGACGGCCCUUGCUGAGGAGAUUUCCCUCUCGGUGCUGUGGCAUGAGUUCAAUUUCUGAAGAUUGAGGGUGACACUGAACAAA